GCAGUCUAUUUUGAAGGCAGGCGAUUGGAGCACAGCGCGGGGGUGAGGACGCCCGCCGUCAGCAUACACGCUACGCUACUCACCAUUAACCUGUCAUUUCAAGACAUAUCUGGCUUUUUUUGAGCUCAUCGUCGAGGCGAAUAUCCCGGACGCUCUAGCUUGCCGAAUCAAGGACGUUUUGUUAUUCUUAAAGCGUGUCCGAGUCCGAGACGGGAAGACAUGGCUACGACUACAUGUACGCGCUUCACGGACGAAUAUCAGCUGUACGAGGAGCUGGGCAAGGGAGCCUUUUCAGUGGUGCGACGAUGUGUAAAGUUGAGCACAGGACAAGAAUAUGCCGCCAAAAUCAUCAACACCAAAAAACUGUCUGCAAGAGAUCAUCAGAAGCUGGAACGAGAAGCUCGAAUUUGUCGUUUGCUGAAACACCCUAAUAUUGUCCGUCUGCAUGACAGUAUAUCAGAGGAGGGCUUCCACUACCUACUCUUUGAUUUGGUAACUGGAGGAGAACUGUUUGAGGACAUCGUGGCCAGAGAGUAUUACAGUGAAGCAGACGCCAGUCACUGCAUCCAGCAGAUCCUGGAGGCGGUGCUUCACUGCCAUCAAAUGGGCGUGGUGCACCGAGACCUGAAGCCAGAGAAUCUGCUCUUGGCCAGUAAGUGUAAGAACGCUGCUGUGAAGCUGGCCGACUUUGGACUGGCCAUUGAGGUGCAGGGAGACCAGCAGGCAUGGUUUGGAUUUGCCGGGACACCAGGUUACCUGUCCCCUGAGGUGCUGAGGAAGGAGGCAUAUGGCAAACCGGUGGACAUCUGGGCCUGUGGUGUGAUUCUGUACAUUCUGCUGGUUGGAUAUCCACCUUUCUGGGAUGAGGAUCAGCACAAACUUUACCAACAGAUCAAAGCUGGAGCUUACGAUUUUCCAUCUCCAGAAUGGGACACAGUUACCCCCGAAGCCAAAAACCUCAUCAAUCAAAUGCUGACCAUCAACCCUGCCAAGAGAAUCACUGCACAGGAAGCUCUCAAACACCCAUGGGUCUGCCAACGCUCCACUGUGGCCUCCAUGAUGCACAGACAAGAGACUGUGGAGUGCCUGAAGAAGUUCAACGCCAGGAGGAAACUCAAGGGCGCCAUCCUCACCACCAUGCUCGUGUCAAGAAACUUCUCUGUGGGUAGCAGGCAGACCACGGCUCCCGCCUCGGUCACUGCGGCUGCGGCUGCAGUAGCCGCGGCUGCAGGCACCACAGCAGGGCUGGUGGAACAAGCAGCCAAGACCUUGUUGAACAAAAAAGCAGACGUAAAGAAACGGAAGUCGAGCUCUACCAUUCAGUACAUGCCCCAGACAAACAGCACCAAAAACAGCAUAGUCACCAGUCCCAAGGGAAACCUCCCCUCUCCUGCACUGGAGGCACAGACCACUGUCAUCCAUAAUGCAGUGGAUGGGAUUAAGGAGUCGUCGGACAGCAGUAAUGCCACAGUGGAAGAUGAGGAAAUGAAAGGAAAAAUUGUAGAUAACAGUUCAGUUCAGUCAAACCCCAGCGUCCCCCAGCCUGACCCCACCCACACUCCUCAAGGCCCCGCCCCUGCAGUCUUCACUGCCACUAAGUUCACUGAUCUGCUGGGUGUGGUGCGUCGGGGCUCAGUGCCCACAUCUGACGCUGAGGGGGGAACCACUACCACUCCGGCUGUUGUUUCUGCCCCCUCUACUCCCCAGACCCCCAGCAUCCCCACACAGAUGUCACGUUUGACCGAUCUAGUGAGCAGUGUGCGCAAACCCACAGUCCCGCAGACAGACAGUGAGCCAUCAGCUGCCAGCAGAGCCCUUUCCGCCCCAGUAUCUGUCCCAUCACACCCCUCCCCUUCCCCUGCCCAAGUGUCCUCCAGCCCCCUGCCGUCAGCACAUUCACGCAAACAGGAGAUCAUCAAAAUCACUGAACAGCUUAUUGAGGCCAUCAACAAUGGCGACUUUGAAGCCUAUGCUAAAAUCUGCGACCCUGGACUCACUUGCUUUGAACCCGAGGCCUUGGGAAACCUGGUGGAGGGGAUGGACUUCCACAGAUUUUACUUUGAGAACCUGCUCUCCAAGAACAGUAAGCCCAUCCACACCACCAUCCUCAACCCUCACGUGCACCUGAUUGGAGAAGAGGCCGCCUGCAUUGCCUAUAUCCGCCUCACGCAGUAUGUGGAUGGCCAGGGCCGACCGCGCAGCAGCCAAUCAGAGGAGACAAGGGUGUGGCAUCGCCGGGACUCCAAAUGGCAGAAUGUCCAUUUCCACUGUUCGGGAGCUCCUGCCGCCCCUCUGCAGUGAAGGCUGAGCUCAUUGUAGCAACAUCUAUCAAGAGAACCCAGCCAGAAAUGGAGAGUGCAGGAGUGAAAAAGAGAGAGAGAGUGAGGGAGGGGGGGGAAGUUGGAGAGGGAGGAAGGAAAGCGAGCCCAGUGCUGGCCAGUGCCUGACCCUCCCACACUGGGCCCCGCCCCCUCACUUGUCAAUCACCUCACCUGCCAAUCACUUAUGUGCAUCGUCUUCUGUCUUACCUUCAACUUGCCCUCCUCCCUCCUUAAAAAAAACCCCCACCCCUCCCUGUGUCUUUCCACCCGUGCAGACUCCCCUUGUCAUGUACAUGUGCUGUGUGGAGUUGGACAGUCUUUGAUUAAAUACAGAUAAAUAAAGCCUCAGCGAGUCGUCUGUGAAACGCCAUGCUUUCCGUCGCACCUUCCCAGUGUCAGUAACGUUACACUGAAUCACCGUCCUCACUUACAAGUGUUUUCAAUAUUAUUAUGAUUAUGAUUAUUGAUUAAUAUUGUUCUUACUGUUGUUAUAUUAGUAUUAAAUACAAAAGCAAUUGUACGUGUCACUUAUACCACUCACGUUCUGGAUGCCAAUGAUUUUACAUCUAUCUAAGACUUUUUGUCGUUUCCAAAUGAUAUUUUGGAAGAGCAUGACUUUUUUCAAUAUUAUCCACUGUGGCUGUCCUUUCCUUGGUGGUUUCGGAGAAAUAAUGGCCGCCGUUUAUGUACAGGCUUCUCAAUGUGAUUCACAUCUAACCGACGCGUCCAUCCAUGUGUGUUCAGACAUGAGUGGAUAAUGUGUGUUCGCGCGCGUGUGACUGUUUUGAGGCAGAUUUUACCAGAGCCUGGUCAAGAACGACGUGACGUUCGGGGUCUUCCAGCUUUUAGACGUUGUGUUUUUCCACACGUUUGGAAUAAUUCAGAUUUCCUGGCAGUUCGGCGAACAAUUCCUGUUUUUUUCGCAAAGCCACAGUCGUGCUUUAAAUGUAACCCGUGACACCAAUUGCAACGAUAGUAUUAGAUGUUGCGUUUUUACUCAUUAUUUUUGUCUUCAGCUGAGCCAGUGGUGUUAAGAGAGCGCCCAGACUCGAUUAAACCUGAAUAAAAGCCAUACCUCAGCAGCCAAACCAGGUGACCUCCUCAUAUAAACAAAGAUAUCUAAUGACAUUGUGUUUCUACACUAGUCAUACUGAAGGUUUAAAGCGUUUAGAGGCCAACCAAUCGAAGGAAUCAACAAAAUUUGGCAGACGCUGAAGAUUUUAUUGGUGUUUAGCUACAUAAAUGAGCUCUUCUCCUCUUCUUUUGACAUUUGUAUUUUACUCAACAUGGUGUUCAGCUGAGCCAGUGGUGUUAAGAGAGCGGCCAGAUUCGAUUAAACCUGAAUAAAAGCCAUACCUCAGGUGACCUCCUUAUAUAAACAAAGAUAUCUAAUGACAGUGUGUUUCUACACUAGUCAUAGUGAAGGCUUAAAGCGUUUGGAGGCCAACCAAUCGAAGGAAUCAACAAAAUUUGGCAAGCGCUGAAGAUUUUGGUGGCGUUAAGCUACAUAAAUUAGCUCUUCUCUUCUUUUGACAUUUGUAUUUUACGCAACAUGGUGUUGACUAUAUUACUCAUUUUAUUUUUGAGAGUUUUUAUAUAUAUAUUGUUUGUCGUCCGCGUGCGAGACUUUACGACGAGUGAACGAUUUGUAACCCUGGAUCCUUUUUAAACGCGUGUUUACCUUUUAGACGGGCAAAGUGCAAGGUGUGUAUGGAAGAAUCAAGUGGCGAGUCAAAAUCGGCAGCAAUAGUUUUAUAUUUCAGAUGGUGAGAUUUUUGAAGUGUGCGUCACACCUUGUGCAACUUUACGCUGGUUUUCCAUCUACGUUAGAAGGGUUUGUUUGAUCAGAGUGACAUCAUGUGACUAUUUUAUUGACUGAUUGUGUCCUCAGGUUGUAUUUAUUUAUUUGAUAUUAUCGCAACUUCUUAAGUUUGAACACUCAUUAGCGUUGAGCCACGUCAUAUCAAUGAUGACUACUGAUCGUUGUUUUUUUUUUUUUUGUUGUUGUUAUUGAAACAAUCGCCUUUCACAUGGAUAAAAAGAGGGAAUCUUGUGAGGUCCGCUCAAAGAAAGCGACCCCGUGAGGCACGCGUGUGUGUUUGUGCUCCGGUGUUCUGCUUCGGAUACAGUUGCGUCUCAUUCUUGGAUGCUUUAUCUCAUCCCUGUGUUUAUACGAGUGAUCCACAGCUGUUCCUUCCCUUAAAAAUGACAAAAUGACAAAAAAAUAUAUAAAACAGCAUGUAAAAAGUGUACUGUUCUCUGUGUGUUUAGCAACGGAAAUCUCAUGUUAACGAGUGGAAGUGCUCAUCACUAUUAAAACAGGACACACAGUGUGUUUACUUGCAUUUCAGCUGGAAUUUCUUUGCAUGACAGUCACUUGAACACUAGGGCUUGGUGUUAUUUCUCUUGUUGAUUUUUUUUUUUCUAUUGAAUGCUGGUUUUGCCUAAACCUUUCUCUUAUCUGUUUUACCAGCUUUGAUAAGUGCAAAUAUAUAUAUAUAUAUAUAU